CUAAUCCACGGCCGUGUGACUUACGCACGACAUCGCCGAGUGAAAGGGUGCGCCCCCGCUAGCCAUAUAAAAGCUCCAAGCACUUCUCGUCAGGCAUCAUUCAACAUCCUCGAUCAACUCACAUACCACACAAUGGCAUUCAAGUUUGUAGUAUUCGCCUGCUUGGUGGCUGCCGCCAGCGCUGGAGUAUACCCAGCCGCCCCUGUGGCGUACUCCGCCGCCCCCGCCUACGUCGCCCACCAAGCGUACGCUGCCCCCGUGGCGUACGCCGCCCCUGUCGCUAAGGUGGUCGCUCCCGUCGCCAAGGUCGCCGUCGAGGAAUACGACGCGCACCCCCAGUACAGCUUCGCUUACGACGUGCAAGACGGUCUCACCGGUGACUCCAAGAGCCAGCAUGAGAGCCGCGACGGAGAUGUCGUACAGGGCUCCUACUCCGUGGUAGACCCUGACGGUACCAAGCGCACCGUGGACUACACUGCUGACCCCCACAACGGAUUCAACGCUGUCGUGCGCAAGGAAGCCCUCGGACACGUCGCUAAGGUUGUCGCUGCUGCUCCCGUCGUCGCCAAGGUAGCCGCCCCCGUGGCCUACCAGUCCGCCCCUGUGUACCACGCCGCCCCCGUCGCUAAGCUGGCGUACGCCGCCACCCCCGUGGUCCACGCCGCUCCCGUCGCCAAGUUCGCUGCCCCAGUUGCCUACUCUGCUCCCCUCUACCACCACUAAAUUGAUGCCAAAACCUAGGAAUCUAAUUGUACUAUUAUAAAACGUAUUAUUUUCAAUACGUUUAUAGUAUAAAAAUGUUCAUUAGGAAAUAUUAAAUUAAAUUAUUAUUUUUGUAAUGAAAA